AGGCGGCCAUCUCUCCCCGGACUCCGCCGUCGCGACGCCGACCCUCCGAGCAUCAUCGAAGCAGUCCACCUUGAUCGGCAAGAACGCGUCCGCCGAGGUGGCCGACCUCUCGCCGAACAGCUUCGUCCACGUGCUGACCCAGGCGCGGGACUCCGUCGACUCCGGCGUGGGGCACGAGCACUCGGGCGACAACGCCUGCGGGCCGAGGAGACCUCGAGCAAGAAGCGGCUCAACCACUCCUCGACCUCGAGCCCGCUCGUGUCGGGCCUUCGGCGGGAGACGGACUUCCUCCGCAGGGACAGCCUGAGCGGUGGCAGGCUGGCGGCGGUCAUGGCGAGCCCUCACGUGGAGGUCGUGACGGGCUGCCUCAUCCUGCUGAACACGCUCGUGAUGGCCGUCGAGCAGCAGCACGAGGGGCUGGUCCUCGGCGCCGAGCUCAGCGUCUACAGCGCCUCGACCCUCGACGACUGGCCGCUCACGAAGGCCGACUUUGAGCUGAUGGAGAAGCUCUUCGCUGCCACCUUCACCCUCGAGCUCGGCCUGCACAUCUUUGCGGAGAGGUGGAAGUACUUGAACGAUGUGUGCAACAUCAUAGACGUCGUCGUGGUCGUGCUGUCGGAUUUCGCGGCGUUCGGGCCCGCCAUCUGGGUGCACUUCAAUUUCCAGGUAUUUCGUCUCUUGCGCAUCGCCCGCUUGCUACGCCUUCUCCGACUAAUCCGGCGCAUCAAGGCACGGGGGGCUCGUCAUGACCACAGCAUUUCGUUGCAGCAUCUCCAUACUGGCUUGGUCUUGCGUGCUGAUUCUCAUGAUCCAGACGCUCUUCGCCAUGAUGCUCACGGACGUGCUGCGGGAGACUUACCUCAGCUCGGAGAGACCGAUAGCGGAGCAGAAGGAGGUCUUCAUCUAUUUCGGCACGUUCACGAGGUCCAUGCUGUCGAUGCUCGAGCUGACCCUGGCGAACUGGCCGCCGAUCGCCCGGAUGCUCACAGAGAACGUCUCUGA